AUGGCGAAUAUCACCGUUGCCUCUGCUCUUGUCCGGUGCUUCGCCAUGGUCAUCGAUGCGGAAAUGCGCCAGAAGUACCCCAUCACCAUUGGCGGGUACGAACGCAACCUCGAGUCUGAAGGUGUCAAGCAGGCCUUUGGUGAGAAGAACUUUCUCAAAAAGCGUCAGCCUCACCGGGGUUCAAAACUCAUUUGA